AUGACGCGUCGCGAAAAAUUUGGAUCGCUGAAAACCGUUGAUGAAGACUUGCAUCACUUCAACGGUGAUCAUCUUUUAGGAGAGAGGGAAACUCCUGAUGGCCUUCAAUUAAAGGCUUCUGACGCUCCGGAACCAGAUGCUGUUUGCUACACUCCUGAUUUUGAAAGUGAAACGACUGAGAGCUCUUCAGAUGAAAGUGACGACAGUUCUUCCACAACCAGCGGGGAAUAUGUUUAUACCAGGGUA